AUGGCCAAGAUUCACAUCGAGGGGAUGUUGCUGCAGAUGAGACUACAAGCACCUCUAAUAAUUCGGAAUUUGGGACAAGGCCCACCUGUCGUCAUCCUCCUAAUCCAAGUUAUGACCGCCAACGCCAACAACAUCCUCCAGUUGCUCCAGAAGUUUACGAUAAUGCAUUUAAAGACAAGCCCUAAACUUGGAGGUGGAAGAGUUGCUGGGGGCCGUGUUAUUCAUGGAGAGAAGACUGCAAGCGCCUAUGAUCUAGUUGAACAGAUGUAUUUUUUGUAUGUAAGGGUUGUUAAAGCUCGUGAUCUUCCUGCCAUGGAUGUUACAGGAAGGCUUGCUCCAUAUAUUGAGGUACGAGUUGGAGACUAUAAAUGGUUUACCAACUACUAUGAAAAGGAACAAAAUCCAGUAUGGAAUGAGGUUUUUGCCUUUUCGGGGGAUCGGCUAAAAUCAUCUGAGUUAGAAGUCAUGGUUAGGGACAAUGAUGUUAGGGAUGAUCAUGACUUUGUGGGGAUUGUAAAAUUUGACAUCCAUGAUGUUCCAUUGCGAGUCCCUCCUGAAUCUGAUAAUCCUCUUGCUCCACAAUGGUAUCGGAUUGAAGACAAUACAGGGCAUAAAGCUAGGGGUGAGCUAAUGCUCGCUGUCUGGUUUGGCACCCAAGCAGAUGAGGCUUUCCCCGGUGCAUGGCAUUCUGAUAAUGCAAGCAAUCAUGUUGAUGUCAGACUACUUACCUCCACAGUGCUAGGCUCAAAGGUGCAAAAUCUAAACCCCCUUUGGAAUGAAGAUCUUUUGCUUGUCGCUGCUGAACCCUUUGAAGAUGAUCUUAUCAUUUCUGUUCACGAUCAUGUGUGUCCCGGAAAAGAUGAAACCAUUGGGGGGGUCACAAUAGCGCUGCAAUCUGUCGAUAGGCGUGCUGAUGAUUGUAUGAUCCGUGGCCGAUGGUAUAAACUGGAAAAGCCAGUGGCUGUGGAUCAAAAUGAGUCGGAAAGAGAAAAGUUAUCAUCCAGCAUCCAUCUCCGACUUUGUCUAGAGGGAGGAUACCAUGUCGCCAAUGAAUCACCUCAUUAUAACAGUGAUUUACGACCCACAUCAAAGAAGCUAUGGAGGCCAUCAAUUGGGGUUUUAGAGCUCGGAAUCUUGGAUGCUGUAGAGCUUCAUCCAAUGAAAACACGUGACGGAAGGGGCACAACAGAUGCAUACUGCGUAGCAAAGUAUGGUCAUAAAUGGUUCCGGACAAGAACCAUUGUUGGGGAACUGUGUCCAAGAUAUCAUGAACAAUGCAUAUGGGAGGUUUUUGAUGUUGCUACGGUUCUUACUGUAGGUGUAUUUGACAACAACCUGCAGUUUGGGAAUGACUCCAGACACGCGAUGAUUGGGAAGGUUCGAAUUCGUAUCUCAUCACUGGAAGCAGGCCGUGUUUACACACACCGAUAUCCACUGCUGGCUGUUCACCCGUCUGGUGUUAAGAAGAUGGGGGAGUUGCAUUUGGCAGUUCGAUUUUCUUGCACCUCUUUUGUUAAAACGCUUUACUCCUACUCACAGCCACAGAUGCCCAAGAUGCACUACUUAAGGCCCAUCACGGCGGCACAGCUUGACACAUUAAGGAUGAUUGCUAUUUACCUAGUCCAAGCACAGUUUUCUCGAGCUGAUCCUCCACUGAGAGGGGAAGUGGUGGAAUACAUGUGUGAUGGGAACUGCCAUUUUUGGAGCAUACGACGGAGUAGAGCAAAUUUUUCUAGGCUAGCGACAGCUUUGUCCGGAGUCAUUUCUGCAGGCAAAUGGUUUUGGGAAAUUUGCAUGUGGAAGAAUCCCAUAAUGACAGUUCUUGCCCAUGUUUUCUUUCUCAUGCUCGUUUGCUUCCCACAACUAAUUCUGCCCACGGCUUUUCUUUGCAUGGUUCUAUCUGGGUUAUGGAACUUCCGCUUCCGGGCUAGGUAUCCUCCCCACAUUAACAUAAAGCUCUCACAACUUGAGCUCGUGACCAUUGAUGAGCUGGAUGAGGAAUUCGACACUUAUCCGACCAGCCGGAAUAUGGAGCUGGUGAGAAUGAGAUACAAUCGGCUGAGGAGCAAUGCUAGUAGCGUUCAGGCUCUAGUGGGUGAUGUGGCUAUUCUGGCGGAGCGAUUUCAGUUGCUGUUAAGUUGGCGAGACCCGCGUGCCACUGUCGUCUUUGUAACAUUUUGCGUUGCGGUUACCUCAGUGUUAUAUCUGACACCAUUCAAAGCGGUGGCUGCAGGCGCAGGGUUGUUUGUCAUGAUGCCUCCAAGAUUUCGCCAUAUGUUGCCGUUAGCAGCAUUCUUCAACUUCUUCAGCAGGCUGCCUACUAAGACUGAUACCAUAUUUUGA